ACUCCGUCGGGUACGCGGGAUACUAUGGCGUCUUCUUUGGUCCCGCCGGCCACCGCACCUUCGGCAACAACGGGCCCCGGCCCGGGUUUCGGCUUCGCCUCCAAAACCAAGAAGAAGCAUUUCGUGCAGCAGAAGGUGAAGGUGUUCCGGGCGACAGACCCGCUGGUGGGCGUGUUUCUGUGGGGCGUAGCCCACUCGAUCAAUGAGCUCAGCCAGGUGCCUCCUCCAGUGAUGCUGCUGCCAGAUGAUUUUAAGGCCAGCUCCAAGAUCAAGGUCAACAAUCACCUUUUCCAUAGGGAAAAUCUGCCCAGUCAUUUCAAGUUCAAGGAGUAUUGUCCCCAGGUCUUCAGGAACCUCCGUGAUCGAUUUGGCAUUGAUGACCAGGAUUACUUGGUGUCCCUUACCCGAAGCCCCCCGAGUGAAAGUGAAGGCAGUGAUGGUCGCUUCCUUAUCUCCUACGACCGGACUCUGGUCAUCAAAGAAGUAUCCAGUGAGGACAUUGCUGACAUGCAUAGCAACCUCUCCAACUACCAUCAGUACAUUGUGAAGUGCCAUGGCAACACGCUGCUGCCCCAGUUCCUGGGGAUGUACCGAGUCAGUGUGGACAAUGAAGACAGCUACAUGCUUGUGAUGCGCAAUAUGUUUAGCCACCGUCUUCCUGUGCACAGGAAGUAUGACCUGAAGGGUUCCCUAGUGUCCCGGGAAGCCAGCGAUAAGGAAAAGGUUAAAGAGUUGCCCACCCUUAAGGAUAUGGACUUUCUCAACAAGAACCAGAAAGUUUAUAUUGGUGAAGAAGAAAAGAAAGUAUUUCUAGAGAAGCUAAAAAGAGAUGUAGAGUUUCUAGUACAGCUGAAGAUCAUGGACUACAGCCUUCUGCUGGGCAUCCACGACAUCAUUCGGGGCUCUGAACCAGAGGAGGAGGGGCCUGUGAGGGAGGACGAGUCAGAAGGGGACGGGGACUGUACCCUGACCACCGGACCUGCUGCUCUGGUGGGCUCCUAUGGUACCUCCCCUGAGGGUAUCGGAGGCUACAUCCAUUCCCAUCGGCCCCUGGGCCCUGGAGAGUUUGAGUCCUUCAUUGACGUCUAUGCCAUCCGGAGUGCUGAGGGGGCCCCCCAGAAGGAGGUGUAUUUCAUGGGCCUCAUUGACAUCCUGACACAGUAUGAUGCCAAGAAGAAGGCAGCUCAUGCAGCCAAAACCGUCAAGCAUGGGGCUGGGGCAGAGAUCUCUACUGUCCAUCCUGAGCAGUAUGCUAAGCGAUUCCUGGAUUUUAUUACCAACAUCUUUGCCUAAGAGACUGCCUGACUCCAUGGUGACUGCUCUUUAUGUUCAAGGUGGUGGGGUUCUGAGAGGCUUGGAGGAAUUGUGGAUGUUCUGGCCACUACUUCCCUUCCUCCUUUGCUAAAUUCAGGUCGCAGACUCCUUCCAUCCAAAUAAGUCCAUCUUCUUGACUAAGCUUUUCCAGGCCCUCAGAAAUACAUUGUCCUUUCUCCCCUUUGUCCAUUUUUCUUCCCUCUCUCCCUACCCACCCCCCACCAACAAGUCUGCUUACUUCUUUAGAGUGUUAUUGUUGACUCUCUCUCAAGUGCCUUGAUCUUUGUAAAAUGUCCUGUUGUUUCUGUAAGUAGGAGGAGCUGGGGGAAGGGGGUCGUUUGCCAUCUUCGGGACCUGACUGGACAGCUGGACCUGGUUCAAGCUACUACUCUGGAUGUACUUUGCUGUGUGACAUGAACUAAGAAUGUCUGAAUUUUGCUGAUAACUUUAUAGAACUCACUGUGGUGUGCUUCUCUCCUGGUAGGCCCUGGGAUGGAGAAUUUUCAAGAUAAUACAGAUAUGGGUGUAGGCGUGCACAUGCAUGAUGGGAUAUGGCCAAUCUUACAGAGGUGGACUGGAGAGUGGUCAGCAGGCUGGCACCUCAUAGAGGUGGGACUUAAGAGGACUCUUGUGAUUAUGCAGAAAAUUGGAGAAGGUCUCUGUCAAGGAUUGACUACUCUCCAGUCUCUUCCAUCACCCCACUUCCACCCCUACCCACCUGUACUUCAGGGUGCAGGAGCCCAGAGACGGCCAAAAGUGUUCAAGCUUGUGUGAAGGUGUUUGACUAUUGCUGCUCUUCACCAGAACCUCAUACCUCUCCUGGACUAGAACCCUUCAGUGGGUAUGUGGCCAGUUCUGGAGGCUGGUAGGGUUCAUUCCCCAUGUUGAGUUUCCUUUCUUCCUCUCUAACCAUUCCAGAGGUUUAUUCCUAGCCGGCAGGAAUAUCUCUACCUGGGUCAAGUCUGGUCAUUUCAAGAGGACGAAGGCCUCAAGUGUGGGAAUUUCCCCCACUCCCUGGAUGCGUGCACCUAGCACACUUCCUUCCCCCACCCCUUCUCAAACCCUUUUUCCAGUUGGAUUUGUUAUCAUUCUGUUCUCUUCUGUCCCAUCUAAUACUGUUACUGUGUCUCCCAAGAGACAGAUGGCCUUCUUUGUCAUUUUCACGCUCCACCCCCAGAGAGGAGUCAGCCGUCAGCCCCCUCUAGGAUAGUUGAGUUGAAGAGUGAUCUUCCCAGAAUGCAGAGGACCCUGAAGAGAUGAGAAAGAUGUCCUCCCCUAGCCCCAAUGCCUUUG